GGAAUUAGGGAGAGUUGAUGAAGAAGGAAGACUGAACAGCGAAAAGACAAAUUUGAAACAAGUCUGUAUUCAUGAAGAGUGACUGCAUACAAACCACAAUAUGUCAAGAAAGAAAAAAAGAUCCAAUAGAAACAUUUCAUUCUGGGCAGCUGGUAAAAGUCUGUGCUCCAAUGGUUCGAUAUUCAAAGUUGGCUUUUAGAACACUAGUAAGAAAACACAGUUGUGACCUGUGUUAUACACCAAUGAUAGUUGCUGAUUUUGUCAGAUCUAUAAAAGCCAGAGACAGUGAACUUACCACCAACCAAGGUGAUUGCCCACUGAUUGUCCAGUUUGCUGCUAAUGAUGCAAGUCUUUUAUCUGAUGGUGCUCCAAUAGUCUGUCCUUAUGCAAAUGGAAUAGACAUUAACUGUGGUUGUCCUCAGAGGUGGGCAAUGGCAGAAGGUUAUGGGGCUUGCUUAAUAAACAAGCCAGAGCUUGUUCAAGAUAUGAUGUAACAAGUAAGAAAUCAAGUGGGAAACCCUAGAUUUUCAGUUUCUAUUAAAAUAAGGAUCCAUGAUGACCUUUCAAGAACUGUAGAUGUUUGUCGAAAAGCUGAAGCUAUAGGAGUUUCCUGGAUCACAGUUCAUGGAAGAACUACUGAAGAAAGACAUCAGCCAGUGCACUAUGAUGCCAUUAAAAUAAUUAAGGAGAAUAUGUCUAUACUUGUAAUUGCUAAUGGAGACAUCAGAAGCUUAAAAGAAGCAAAAAAUGUGUGGCAGAAUACUGGGACAGAUGGUGUGAUGGUUGCAAGAGGAUUCUUAGCAAACCCGGCCAUGUUUGCUGGAUUUGAGGAAACCCCACUGAAGUGCAUCUGGGACUGGGCUGGCAUUGCUGAACUUGGAACUCCUUACAUGUGUUUCCAUCAACAUUUAAUGUACAUGAUGGAAAAGAUAACUUCUAGGCAGGAAAAAAGAGUAUUUAAUGCUCUGUCAAGCACAUCAGCAGUCUUAGAUUACCUUACAGACCAUUAUGGCAUUUAA